UAAACAGAAUAGACCUGUACACAUUCCGUAGCGUUUUGAAACACUGUGUGGACUACACUCAUAAAUGUUGGUUAGCUGUAGCUCCAAAUGGGUGCCUAUGAUGAAUAUUACAAGAGGAAUAGGACUAGUUUUUGGUAGAAUAAAUGUUAUAAAAAAACGCUUAUUUUCACCUAAAAAUUUAUUAUAUACAAAUGUAGGAAUAUCAGUCUCUCUGUCUGGUACAGGAGAUAUUCUAGAGCAGCGUUAUGAAAUAUCAAAGGGCCAAUGGGAUAGAUGGAGUUUUACUAGAACAAGAAACAUGGCCAUAUCUGGUAUGUCUAUUGGUAUACUUUGCCAUUACUGGUACAAUUUCCUGGAUGCUAAAAUGGCUGGACGUACUAUUGGUAUAGUUCUAAAAAAGGUGGUUAUAGAUCAAUUAAUUUGUUCGCCUCUUUGUAUAAGUUUGUUUUUCUUGACAUUAGCUGUGUUAGAGAACAGCAGUCUGGCAGAAUUGAAAGAAGAAAUCCAAACAAAAGCACACAAAUUGUAUAUAGCUGAAUGGAUCAUAUGGCCUCCGGCACAAGUCAUUAAUUUUUAUUUCCUUCCGACACGAUAUAGAGUAUUCUAUGACAAUACAAUAUCCCUUGGUUAUGAUAUAUAUACAAGCCAUGUAAAACACAAUGUAUAAAUAACCAACAAUUAGCUUUGUAUUGACUAGUUGAAUUUGCAAAAUUAUCAACACGAAAGCACAAUUUAGGUAACAAAUAAAACCUCCAUUGUUCAGGAGGUUUUGCUCAUAUUAAAAGAUUCUUGUUCUGUGUAGAGAUUAUUUCCUGCAAAGGUCAGGCUUUAUAUGAUUUCCAUACAAUGACAUAUUUAUAAUUAGAUAUAUUACAUACUACAUACAUAGAUUGUAAUUAAAGAUUGAAUAAUUGUACAAAAUAGUAAAUUGUGUGGAUCACAAAUAAGAUAUAAUGUACAAAUAAAUAAGCUGACAUUUCUAAAGUAA